GCCACAAACCAUGGAGCUGCCACCAGGGUGGUCGCUCGUGCGCGGCUCCUGCAACCCCCAUGGCCCCUGGUUCCUGCGUCUCACGCAGCUCCCCCAAAUCUUCUCCACCCAAGGCCCAGCCAACCUGUGCCCACUGCCCGGGCAGGAGCAGCCCUUCCCCGCAGCCUGGACACCCCCGGCGGGGGGGGCACCCCACGUCCCCCAGGACCCUCCAGCAGGGAUGCUGAUGGCUCCGUGUGGCUGCUGCUUUGAUCCCCGGGUCUACGGCUACGAGUGGACCAGCACACCACCACCGCCCACCUCCAUCCCCGACUGCGGGAACAUCGAGGGACUGUCGGCUCCCGUCAACACCGCCGGCACGGACACCACUGCGGGGACACCCCUGGGCACUGGCAUCGCCCCAGGCAGCAACGUCCCCCCCAGCCCCGCUGCUGACCCCUACAGCCAUGGACCUGGGGACGUGAUGGACGACCUGGCUGUGACCGAGGAGAUGCUGCAGCAAGAGGCCCUCAGGCUCCUCGGUUGCUCCCUGGACACGGUGGGGGUCAGCCAGAACGGGCCCAGCAGCAGCCUCACACCUGGGAACCCUGGGCACACCGGUGCAGCCGUCCCCCCCUGUGACUCCCCCUCUCUUGAGCUGCCCGACAAGCUGCUCAGCCUGGACUGCGGCAUCCUCGACACCAUCGACAGCGUCCUGGGCCUGGAGGACUUUCUGCUGGGGCUGGAGGCCCAGGAGCCGAGUGGGGAUGUGGGGAUGGAGCCGCCCCCAUCCCAGCCGGCCGUGCCAGAGAAGCGGGGCAGGAAGAGGAGGCAGAGCGACCUGGCAGCACCCCCCAGCAAGCGCAGGGAGCUCGGAGACAGACCGGGGGGGCCAGAGGGGAAAAGAGACUUAUGUGGGGAGCCAGGCAGUGGGCGACGAGGCCGAGCUCCACAGCCUGGGCCCAGCACGGGCCGCGGCGCCGGCGGGAAGCGGCCGCAGCUCCCCAGGCUGAUCCAGCCGGUCCCUGGCAACUCCCGUGGCCACGUUAUGGAGUCGUCGCGAUUUAAAGUGAAAUCAGCACCUGCACAUUGGUUUUAG